AUGGUAUAUCAGAGAGAUGAUUUCUGGGUUCGUAUAAUCCGUGAUAAGUAUAAAUACAGGGUUGACAUGCUACCUGUCAUGGAAAGCAGGAGACCCGGGUCGAAUACAUGGAUUGGGAUCAAAAAGACGUGGAAAGAGGUAAAGGAGGGUUUGGAAGGUAAUCCUCAUAGCGACGAUGUAAGGAACCUACGAAUCUUCGAAGGAAACAUUGUGCUCGCUAAUAUGAUAGUUGCUCAAUCAAAAGCCAUGGUGAGUAGUGUUAAAGUAGCUCACUGCAAAUUGAGGGGAACCCAUAGAACCAUAGAGGCACGAAAAGAGAAGUGGAAACCACCUGACCCAGAUUGGAUAAAAGUGAAUGUUGACGGUGCUUACACUCACCACUCCCAGAGUAUGGCUUGUGGAGGUGUUGCUCGUGAUGAUAAAGGAACAUUCCUUGUAGGCUUUACGUGUAGAAUGGAGGGAGAAGAUUGCCUCUUAGCUGAGCUUUAG